UAUAAUAGAGACGUAAGACAUAUUACAUAAAAAUAUAAAAUAAAAAAUAAAAAACAAUGAAAGAAGCCCUUUCUGUUUUGUGUCUUGUUCUUUUGGUUACGGUUUCAGAAGCAGCAGUAACGAAACCAAAAUUUGGAGACUUCAUCGAAUGCCUUCGCUAUCGUACAAGUCCGGAGAAUCCAAUCACCGAUUCCAUCUCCAUUGCCGAUAACACCACCACCUUCUUGUCUUCUUACUUGUCUUACACGAAAAACAAGAGGUACUCGAGCCCUAACUUCAAAAAACUACUAGCUAUCGUUGCGGCGAAACAUGUAUCUCAUGUUCAGGCCACAGUGGUCUGCGCAAAGACCAACGGUAUACAACUGCGUAUCCGAAGCGGCGGUCAUGACCUCGAAGGCCUUUCUUACAGGUCAUCUGUGCCAUUUGUCAUUCUCGAUAUGUUCAAUCUCAGAUCUAUUACUGUUGACGUAUCGAGCAAGAAAGCAUGGGUUCAAGCUGGUGCAACCUUGGGAGAGCUCUACGUAAAGAUCAAUGAGGCAAGCCAAACGCUAGCGUUUCCAGCUGGCGUUUGCCCUACGGUAGGAGUAGGAGGGCACAUAAGCGGUGGAGGGUAUGGAAAUCUGAUGAGAAAAUUCGGAAUUACAGUGGAUCAUGUCGUUGAUGCUCAAUUAAUUGAUGUCAACGGCAAGCUCUUAAAUCGAGCUACCAUGGGAGAAGAUCUCUUUUGGGCCAUUCGCGGCGGUGGUGGUGCGAGUUUUGGAGUUAUCCUCUCUUGGAAAAUCAACCUCGUCGAAGUUCCAAAGAUCCUGACAGUAUUUAAAGUUAACAAAACAUUGGAACAAGGAGGCACUGAUGUUCUCUACAAGUGGCAGCUUGUCGCUACCAAAUUCCCUGAUGAUCUUUUUAUGAGAGCAUGGCCUCAGAUCGUAAAUGGAACAAAACGUGGCGAGAGAACCAUCGCAGUUGUACUCUAUGCUCAGUUCUUGGGUCCAGCUGAUAAGCUGAUGGCGAUAAUGAACCAGAGCUUGCCUGAUUUAGGGCUAAAACGUGAAGAUUGUCACGAAAUGAGCUGGUUUAACACGACAUUGUUUUGGGCCGAUUACCCGGUGGGAACACCGAAGAGCGUUCUUCUAGAUAGGCCGACGAAUCCAGGAUUCUUUAAGAGCAAAUCAGAUUACGUUAAAACACCGAUCCCAAAAGAAGGAUUAGAGAAGCUUUGGAAGACAAUGUUUAAAUUCAACAAUAUUGUGUGGAUGCAAUUCAACCCUUACGGUGGAGUGAUGGACCGGAUUCCGUCGACCGCUACAGCAUUUCCUCAUCGGAAGGGAAACUUUUUCAAGGUUCAAUACUCUACAACAUGGUUGGAUGCAAACGCAACAGAGACUAGCCUAAGUAUGAUGAAGGAGCUUUACGAGGUUGCGGAACCGUACGUGUCAAGUAACCCGAGAGAGGCCUUCUUUAAUUACAGAGACAUCGAUAUUGGAAGCAAUCCUAGUAGUGAGACAGACGUAGAUGAGGCUAAGAUCUAUGGAUACAAGUAUUUCUUGGGGAAUUUGAAGAGAUUGAUGCAAGUCAAAGCUAAGUAUGAUCCUGAGAAUUUCUUCAAGAACGAGCAGAGUAUUCCUCCUGUUCGUGUAAUGUAGUAACCUUACUCUUUGAUAAGAUUUAUUUAGUAGUAUAGUAAUAAGUUAUUUGGGCUUGU